GGCAUGAGCUGCAGUGAGUCACAGGAUUACUGCGUCUGCUUCUCCUGCGCUCUCUCUCUCUCUCACACACACACACACACACACACACACACACCUCUAAAGACGUCUUCAGAUGGGCAGCGGCUGCUUCUUCACUCACUCUCUCUCUCUACAGAAUGAGGAAUAAACAGACUUUACUUCUUCUGCUGUCUCUCUGUGUGUGUACGGGCAAAUCUGAUUUCGCACCGUAUUUCUAUGAUAAUGGAUCUGGCAGCAACAACGGAAACAUGGCGCUGUUCAGUAUCGCUGAAGACACGGCUGUGGGGACUCAUGUGUACACGCUGAAUGGCUCCGACCCAGAAGGGGAACCCGUGACCUAUGGCAUGACCUUUGAUAAGGGAUCCAGAGAGUGUUUCAGUGUUGAGCCCAAAUCAGGGAAUGUGACGCUCGUGGAAAGUCUGGACAGAGAGGUUCAGGAUGAGAUCGCCGCAUGCGUGACCAUCACAGAUGGAAGAAACAAGGUGGUAGAAAAUGUUCGAGUGUUUAUCACAGAUGUUAAUGACGAAAAGCCUGAGUUUUUAAAUCGACCCUUUAUAGUGGAUGUCCCUGAGGACAUUCCCUCGGGCAGCAGCUUCUACAGAGUCCAGGCCGUCGACAGAGACAUCGGCUCCGGGGGAAGUGUUUCCUACUUCCUGCAGUCCAGCAGUAAGUUCAGCAUCGACGGUCACAGUGGCGUUCUGCGCGUCAGACCCGGUGAAUCGCUGGAUUACGAACUCGCCAGGACUCAUUUUGUCACUGUUGUUGCAAAGGACGGAGGAGGUAAAUAUCAUGGGAAAUACCAGGUCAUGACCUCGACAGCCAUCGUAACCAUCAAUGUCCUUGACAUCCAGGAUUCUCCUCCAGUGUUUGUUGGGACUCCGUAUUUUGGAUUUGUCUAUGAAGUCUCUGUACCAGGUUCAGAGAUAUUCACUGUUUUUGCCAAAGACGGGGACCAGAACAACCCCAAUCCCGUCCAUUACUCCGUCCUCAAUGGCAGCGACGGCUUCUUCAUCAUCAACAGCACCAGUGGGACGAUCAGCCUGACGUCAUUUCCAGUACAGCUGAGGAAUGAGUUAUACGAGUUAAAAGUCAAGGCUUCAGAGGUUGGGCCUGACCGUGGGUUUGUGGACUUCUCGGUGACCACAGUCACGAUUCGUGUGGUGGACCUGAACAACCACCCGCCCACCUUCUACGGCGAGAGCGGGCCCCAGAGCCGCUUCGAGCUGACCAUGUACGAACACCCGCCGGAGGGAGAGAUCCUCCGAGGCCUGAAGAUCACGGUCAACGACUCGGACCAGGGAGCGAACGCUAAGUUCCGGCUGUUUCUGGCGGGACCGUCUCGAGUUCUGCGUGUGGUUCCUCAGACGGUUCUCAACGAAGCCCAAGUCACCGUCAUCGUGGAAAACUCAACCGCCAUCGACUACGAGAAAUACCAGUUCUUAACAUUCAAGCUGCUGGCGGUCGAGAUCGACACUCCGGAGCGCUUCAGUGCCACCGCGGACAUCGUGAUCAAUCUUCUGGACACCAACGACAACGUUCCAAAGUUCUCCUCAGAGUUUUACAUCGCCAGGAUCCCGGAAAACUCCCCUGGAGGAUCCGACGUCGUCUCCGUGACCGCCGCCGACCCCGACUCAGGGCUCUGGGGUGAAGUGAAAUACUCCAUCUACGGCUCUGGUGCAGAUCUGUUUCUCAUUCACCCCACGUCUGGCAUCAUUUACACGCAGCCCUGGGCCUCCUUAGAUGCUGAAGUCAAGUCCAAAUAUAAUUUCUAUGUAAAAGCUGAAGACACUGAGGGGAAAUACAGCCUUGCAGAGGUUUUCGUCACUGUGCUCGACCAAAAUGACCAUCGGCCUGAGUUCAACCAGAACUUCCUGGAAAAGACCAUGAUCAUCGGGGCGCCGGUGCAAAUACAGGCUGUGGAUGAGGACGCAGAGGAACCCAAUAACAUCAUUGAAUAUUCCAUCAUGAAAGCCGAUCCAGACGACAUCUUCGACAUUAACUCGUCCACGGGAGAGAUUAAGCUCAAGCCGUACAUCAGGUCUAUGGAGAUCGUGCAGAACAUCACCAGACAGAAGGACUGCAGGUGGUCAGUUCUGGUCCAGGCCCGGGAUCGAGGCUCUCCGUCCUUCAGCACCACAGCGGUCGUGAACAUCGACAUCACCGAGCCGAAUGGGCUCAAAGGGCCCAUGGCCAUGUUUCUAAUGCAGAGCCGAGAGAAUCCACUGAAAGCCCUUGGCCUGGCGGUCGGCUUCAUCUCUGUUAUGGUUUUGGUCACAGUUUUGAUCUCCACUCUUCUGUUCUUUCGCAACACAAAGUCCAAUAGGAUCAGGCCAGCUCGCCGCAUCAUUCGCAGGAGGGCCAAAGAGCCUCAGCACUGGAGCUUCAGGCCAGCGUUCGGACACGACCGCAACCAUGAUGAGGAUGAUGAAGACACGAGUGACAAGCCCAAGGGAAACAACGGCAGCUCCAGAACCAAGCGACCCAUUCCCAGUGCUCCAGUCCUCCCUCCUCCUCCUCCAGCAGCGACUGGGCCGACCGGGCCUCAGCGGAACCAGCGGGGCCAUCAGCGGGACUCAGUGUCCGGGCCGACCGGGCCUCGGCGGGACCAUCAGCGGGACCAGCGGGACGUGCCCUCAGUGUCCGGGUCCAUCAGUCGCACAGACGGCGCCGGCAUCAGCUCUGCUCUCGUUUCGGAGCUGAAAAUGAGAAUAGAACAGAAAAUUAUUGAGGCAAAUCGAGGUUAUUAUUACUGACACACUGACGCAAUCCACAUGGGUUACGUGUGUGUUUGAUGGACCGAACGCUUGAUGUCACAAGCAGCUCUUGAAGAAUGUUUAUUUAUUAUUGUGUGAAAGUGCUAAAGUGUUUCUGUUUUUCAACAUGGCGUACAGUCUUUAUAAUUAUAUGAUCUGGCUUGUAUUCUAAAAAAAAAAGUCAUAAAAAUGCUAAGUAACUUGCUAAUACCGGUCUAUGCACAUAUGUGUCUGUAAGCAGAAAGCGUUUCAGUAAUGUACACCUCAGACCUGCUGCUCUUAGAGCCGUUCAUGCUUUAGUUCUGGUGAUUAGCUCCAUACUGCCAUCUUUAGGUUUCAUUCCAUUCAGUCUAAACUAAACCUAUCUAAUCCCCCAAACGACACUCUCCGUCCAUCGUUAUUCGAUAGAUUUACAUCCGGCUGUCUGGCUGCAUUUCUUCUUUGAACAACUUCUGCCUUGAGGAUCUUCAGUGAAAGUUUAUGGCUGUACAGACAUCUGAAACCAGACUCUCUCAUCUAGUUAUUGCUUUUUGUUAUUACUAUUUUUUAUUGUUUUGUAAAGAAUUUUUCACUGAUAUUUUGAAAGUGAUUUAAAAGCAGAUAAAAAUCCAUGUGCUAUGUGUACGGCAUAUCAAAAUGUCAAGUGUGUUUAUUAUGUGAACUCUGUGCUUUUAAUCCAUUUAGAAAUAAAACAUUUUUAAGGUGUUAUUUAAAAAUGAAAAAAUAAAAUGAAAAAAUUGUCUAAUGUC